AUUCAUUUACUCGUGUUUCUGUCAUCCGGGCAAUUUAUCCAUGGCUGGUUAUAAAACAAAAAUAGCGACUGCUAGAGAUAUUCUAUUUCGAUAACUGACGGAACUUUUCUCUUCUGCGGGAAAAUAGAAAUAUAUAUACAAGCACAGGUACACAAUGCAGAUAAAUGAAUACGCAAAGCUUAACUUAAUUGGUCAGCUCAGUGAAUGACACGCUUUUCUCCAAUCCAAAUUAUAAACAGAACCUUUCGCAUAGCUCCAAGUUCAUUAAACUGCCCUAUGAUUUCUUGAUGACAGUAAUCCUACCAAGGUAGCCCAGGUACAAAGCCCACUAAGCAACAAGUAGUUCUGAAUCAAAUAAAGCAGUCAGCAUAAGAACAUCAAGAAAUCACAGAUCAAAAGCCAAGCCACAAUAACCAACAAGCCAACACCAAAACCAAGGCAUCGAGUUAAAUUUUGUCAACUCAGAUCUAAACGUUAAAGCCCAACAAAUAAAGAAACCACCCAACAGAAAUUAAUCAGGAAAGCUAGAUCACUCUUCCAGAUAAGUGUCCUACAUACGGCAGCAGGCCAGCAAGCGGGUUGGAGCCACUCUGUUGAUCCAGAUGGAUGUGUCGAUAGGCAUUAAGUGUGAACCUUCUAGUCCCCUUAGUCUUAGUCAUUGCAAUCAACCCAACUUUGACGAGGGAUUCGGACGUGAACUCUUUGGCGAUUACUCGGUGAAUGAUGAUCUAGGUUCGGACCAUUCAUUUCCGGACGAUAGCCUCGACAAUGGAUUCGACAGCUGCGACUUGUCACCAGACCUGUCGCCAUGUAGCUUGGAGGACAGCAAACUCAAUUUUGACAGUCACGUGUUUUCGUACGCUAUGGACAACAUAGAUGUAGAUUCUGGAUACACUGGUGACAGUGGGGAGAGCAGUGGCGAGGUAUCGCCGUGUAGUGUGGAGAACAAUCACCAUCAGUACACGAAAGUGGAGUACUGCUCCAGUAUAAACUAUGAGCUCGAGUCUGCCGAGGGACAGAAAAAGUUGUGUUUAGUGUGCGGAGAUAUAGCCUCUGGUUUCCAUUAUGGUGUCUCCUCAUGUGAAGCAUGCAAAGCCUUCUUCAAACGAACUAUACAAGGGAACAUUGAUUACUCAUGUCCGGCCAAUGGAGACUGUGAAAUAACAAAGCGCAGAAGGAAGGCAUGUCAAGCUUGCAGAUUUCAGAAAUGCCUCUUCGUUGGCAUGCUCAGAGAAGGUAUGUUUAGUUUAAACCUAUUUAUUUUAGCUCGAUUGCAUCAAAGGCUUAAGGCUGAUAUAAACGCUCUCGAGUCCGUUUCCUGGGCCUAUAACUAGUACUAGGUGUCUUUG